UCUUCGCGAGCCUUUUGUGUUUCGAACUCUCACAUCUCGCGUAUCAAUAAUUGAGGCGCGCGCCAGAGAGCAGACGGAGCUUCCCCUCCCGCGCGCUGCUAUGAGUGCUGCUGUCCUCCCGCUCGGCACGCGACUCUCCCUCUGUGCGUUCUGGAACAGGAGCCGCUGACAGGUGAGACAGGAGGAGGAGACCAGGUGAGACCGGGACUGGACUGGAGCGGAAACAGCGAAUCCGUCCGGGUCGGGGUUUACUGUUACACCCUGAAGAACGGAGCGGCUCCCGCAGGGUUUAACUUCUACUGUUGGUUUUGGGUUUUUUUUUUUUAUUAAAGAGGAACUAUUCGGUUCUGUUUCUGGUUCGGUAUGUUGGCGCUGUGCCUGCUGAGUGCCGCCUGGCUUGCUGCUGGCCCGGUUCGAGCUCAGAACGAGACCGAGCCAAUCGUGCUGGAGGGGAAGUGCCUGGUGGUGUGCGACUCCAACCCGACCUCGGACCCAACGGGCACGGCGCUCGGCAUCUCGGUGCGCUCCGGCAGCGCGAAGGUGGCUUUCUCCGCAGUUCGGAACACCAACCAUGAACCGUCCGAGAUGAGCAACCGGACCAUGGUCAUCUACUUUGACCAGGUUUUAGUAAAUGUUGGGAGGAAUUUCGACGAGGAACGAAGUAAUUUCAUCGCGCCCCGGAAAGGGAUUUACAGUUUUAACUUUCACGUAGUCAAAGUCUACAACCGCCAAACCAUACAGGUGAGCCUGAUGCACAACGGAUGGGCGGUGAUCUCGGCAUUUGCCGGCGACCAGGAUGUGACACGCGAGGCUGCCAGCAACGGGGUUCUGAUCCAGAUGGAGAAGGGGGACCGGGUCUACCUCAAACUGGAAAGAGGAAACCUGAUGGGAGGAUGGAAAUUCUCCACCUUCUCUGGCUUCCUGGUGUUCCCAUUGUAGAGAGGAACGAGAUCAGGAGGAGAAGGAGCUGGGGAUGGAAACAAAGGAGGAGGCACUGUUUGAAGAUGGAAAGUUCAGAAGAAAAAUGGACACAAAUGAGUUGGAGGAAGAGAAGAGGAAGAAAAGACUGGGCGUGACAACAGACUUCUGUUUGCAGCGGGAAGGAGGAGAUGAGAUGUUAGGAAGAUUUAAGAUGAAGUUUGGUUUCAGGAAUAAGAAAAGCCGGUACAUGAGAGUACGGCCACCCUCUUCACUUCAGUCCCUCCUUUCAUCCAUCCAUCCCUUCAUCCAUCCUUUUCCUCUCUCUGUUUUCUUUGUGGCUUGACUGCAGCCUUGGACAGCCAAAACCUUUUUUAUUCUCCGCUGAAAAACGCAGCUGAUUAUUUUAUUGUGUUGGAGUGUUCUGAAGUGUAAGAAUCCCUCCUUUCCUCCUCACUCCUUCAUCCAGCCGUCAGUUUAUCAAAUCCCCUCAUUCACUGAUCACCUUCAACAUCAGCUUGGAAGAAUGUUUCUCAAGGAACUGCUCCUCCAAUCCUUCGUUUUAUGUAACCAUAUUUGAUACCUUUGACAAGAUUUACUGGUUUCUGAUCAUUUUCAUUUACGAAACCAAACUAAAAUUUCAUUUAAAAUGGGAAAGACAAACCUCUGAUCACACAAUGACAGCCUGAGGAUGUUUCCCCUCCCUGAAGAUGCUGGUUUAUAUUUUUUAAGAUGAUUUAUCACUGUAAUUAUACAGUUAAAGUGCAGUGAAAUAGAUACCUUUUUUGUCAUUUUAAAUCUAUUUCUGCAGUCAGAGUGGUGCAUAUUUUUCUGCACAUCACAGAAAUCCACUUUUAGAAUAGUUACAAUGCUGUGAAAAAGUUUAGCCUCCUUACAGAUUUCUUCUGUCUUUUAUGUCACUUUCAGAUCAUCGAACAAAUUCUAAAAUCAUUCAGAUAACCUAAAAAAAAAAACUGUUUUUAAAAUGAUGAUUUUAUUUAUUAAGGAAAAAAACCAUCCAAACCAACCUGGCCUUAAUAAUCGAUAAAUCAUGAAUAACUGUGAACUACAUAAGGCUGAAUUUGAUUUCACCAUCCACAUCCACACUUGAUUUCUGCCAGACCUGUAGAUCACUUCAACAGGACCUGUCUAACAACGUGAAGUAGGCUAAAAGGCCUCAGAAGCUAACACAUGUUGCCGAAACCUAAACAAGAGAUGGGAACAAAACGUCUAGAAGAGUUACAAAGCCAUUUCGAAGAGAAUAAUGGCUGUUCAGGGAAAACACAUCAAUGACUCGUCCAUUAGAUCAAAAAAGAAUACAGAACAACAUCUAAAGGUCUGCCUCAGUUAAGGUCAGAGUUCAUGAUUCAACAAUAAGAAAGAGAAACUGGGCAAAAGUGACCUCCAUGAGUUCCACGGCCAGAACCCAAAAGAACACAAAUACCUGUCACAAAUACUUAUUAAUGAUCCCCAGGAAUUCCAGGACAAUAUUCUUUGGACUGAUGAGUCAAACUUUUUGGAAGGAUUUCAGAUAAAAAUUAUAACUACAGUCAAACACGGUAGUGGUAGUGUGAUGGUGUGGGACUGCAUGCUGCUUCAAAAACCUGGAUGUUGAUGGCGGUUGUUGCCAUAAUAGGGUGGCACAGCAAGUUAUUCGGUUUCUGGGGCAAAGGACUGGGUAGGUAAUAAAUGAAAUUAUUAUUUAAAAGCUGCAUUUUGUUCUAUGCAUUAGUUUGAUGACCUGACACAUUUCAGUUAAAAAAGGCUAAACCAGAAGAAAUCUAUAAGGGAGAAAAUACUUUUUUACAACUCUGUAUAUCAAGGCGUUUAUUCCUGGUAAUUUUUAUGAUUAUAGUUUACAGCUGAUGAAAACCCCAAAUUUUAAUAUUACAUAAAAACAUUCUUGCUAAUUUAAGCUAAAUAUUAAUGCCCUUUUAUUUGAUUUUAGAUAUCAACAAAUUUUUUUAUUUUACUUCAAAUUAAUAAUAAAUAAUUUCACUUAAAAGCUUUAUGAAUUAUAUUUAAUUUAUAUUUAAGAAGAUUAAGUUAUCUUGUCAAAUUAAUAUUUUUCAUCUCCGUUUUUCCUUAGUGCGGUGUUACAGCACACAAUAAACCUUAAAACAAUUAUUUACCCACUUUUUCAAAUCACUGUUAAAUACAUUAUUUCAUAUGAGCUAGUUGUGGAUAAACCAACAGGAACAUUUUCACUGUAAACUGCUUGAACACACUUUAAACCAGUUUCAGCCAAACCUAAAUUAUUGUAAAGAAAGUAUGAAAGUAAAUAUACUCUGUGUGGAAGGUUCAGUCAUAUUUAAGAUUUUGUUUUUAGGUUUAAAACUGGAAUAAAUAAAUGUUCGACCUUUAAAAACCCUGCAGAAACCCUGAGACUUCGAGAGGCUUUACUCUGUAAAUGGGGCUAAAGCUGGGGUCACACUACAUUAAAUUUUUCCUGAUUUUGUCUCUAAUUCCCAGUUGGUGAAAAUUUUGUGCCAGUAUGCAUUAGUUGUGGUCAGUGGGCAGGGCGGGCCAGAACAAAAACCUGUCAGGACUGGGGAAGGAGUGAAGUGUAUCCCCGCCAUAAAUCUAUCUAUUUGAAGAGAAAGAAAAAGGUCUCCAUGCCUAAUCUGUUGGUACCAAAUUCAGCCCGGCUUUAACUUUAAAGUUUAAUGUUUUCUAAAUGUGUUUCACUGUAAAAAUGCUCGGUGAGUAAAUACAACAUUAAUUUACAAAGGGAAAAAGUAAUUUCACUCUAAGAGGACAAGAUGACAAAAUUUUAAAACAUUUACAUUACAAUAAAAAAUAUAGUUAUGGCUUUGCACAUUAGAUACAUAUGUACAUGUGUAUACAAUGUAUGAAAAGCAGGUUACCAGGUGAGCAAAACUUUUAAUAAUUAAAUGGGUAAAUUAAUAACAAGUGUAUUACAAAACUAUUUGAAGCAUUCAUGAGAAUUGACUUUAUCAGACUUAUCUAACCCAACGUUUUUAGACUCUUGUGACAAAUUAACCAAAUAUUUUUUGUUUUUAUUUAAACAAACUGUAGAGUUCUGCUUUUCUCCUUUAAAUUAGAUCAUUUCUGUUCUCCACUCAUAUUUCCUCAUGCUCAGUAACUUCAUUCCUGCUUUUGUUCUUUAAAUACAGAACCUUCUCUUUCUGACCUUUCUCUCCUUUGCUCUAUGCUGCUUUCCCUCAAGUGCAUAUAUUUAUUUCCUUCUCCUUUGGUUUAUUUGCAAACAUUAAUUUUUUACCUCACAUCUUCCUCCUCCUCCUCCUCCUUUCCCUACAGUCCGCCAUCUUUUCCCUCCACCCAUCACCGUAAGGUAAUCGUUUGCCUCCAAGCACGGACUGUCCUUCACUGUUCUUCAUGUUGGACUGUGGACUCUGAACCCUGCUAUAUAUUUAUAUAUAUAUAUAUAUAUAUAUAUGUGUGUAUAUAUAUACACACAUAUAUAUAUAUAUAUAUAUAUAUAUGUGUGUAUAUAUAUAUAUAUAUACACACACACACAUUUAAAUAUAUCAAACUAAGCCACUGUUUUUAUUUUCCUGGUAUUAUGAUGAUGAUAAUGGUACUACUAGUUAAUGAAUUCGACUAAUGACUAUAUUAUCUGUAUUUCUGUACUUGAGUGUCAUAAAAGAGAAACAGAAACCUAAUAUCGAUUGUGUGGAAAAAUCUGAAGCUGCCAUUCUGCUGAUUAAAAACAUGCUUCUUGUUUUUGUUUUGUGUCGAACAAAUUGUGGCUAAAAAGCUAAAAGUAAUACUUCUAUAGAAAAUGAUAGCUGAAAAGGACUAUUAUUAUUUGACUGUAUAAAGCUGAGAAUAUUUAGACUUUGCCAUAAUUAUUUAUCAAUUGAAUCAAUUUAUCAAUUUUUUUUAAUUUGCUUUAAAGAAAUCAAUAAAAUGAAAUUGUACUUUUAUUUUUCUUAAACCGAA